AUGCUCGUCGCCACCAAUGUCCUCAAGAAGUACAACGUCACCGGCAACGUCAUCAGCGAGGUGCAGAAGCGAGGUCGUGCUCGUGCCGUCGGAUCCAAGUCCGUGCUUCUCGCCGUCACCGAGUCGACCUUCGGCGACACAGCCCUCGUGCUUGGCAAGGCCAAAUGCGCAAAUAUUGUGGGCGAUGGGCCCUGUAAUCAGCACCUUGGUUAUGUGCUCAAGUAUGCAGAUUCCUAUCAUGUACAAUUGACGUUGAGAUCGCUGCUGAUCAUCGACGACCAAACGGGUGAUCCGUCGGAUGAGACCAGAAGAAAAUGGGCGAGCGUCCGAACGUCGUUGUUCUGGAUUCGUGGCAUCAACGAUGGGGAUUUGAAGCGCAUGCUUCGUCCGCUACCACAGAAGUUGAUGACGUCGUUCGUGGAGGCAGAGGAGGCGCUGAAGCAAGAGAUGAAGCAACAAUUGUCUCGUCGUCGUGAGCGCUUGGCCCGAGGCCAGCAACCACUCUUGGAAUGGGACGACGACUACGACAUGAAAAAGAAA